CGCGCCCGGGAGAAAAAGCCUGACCACAGCCCCGGGCCUCCACUGUACCGUCUUUUCUUCCAGCUGCUCGUCGGCUGCUCGCUCUCCAGACCCUGCGCGCACCUCCCCUCCGCUUGGGGUCCCCUCGGAGCCCUUUCCGCCAUGCGGCUCCUGCCUCUGGUCCCAGGUGGGCCCCAGCGGGGCCGCCCCCGCCACCUGCUCUGCUGCAGCCCAGCGCGGCCGCCGCCGCCGCUGCCGUUGCUGCUGCUGCUGCUGGGAGGCUGCUGGGGGGUCUCCGGGGUGGCGGCGGGCUCUCGGAGGCCCAACGUGGUGCUGCUUCUCGCCGACGACCAGGACGAAGUGCUCGGCGGCAUGACACCACUAAAGAAAACCAAGGCUCUCAUUGGAGAGAUGGGAAUGACUUUCUCCAGUGCUUACGUGCCAAGUGCGCUUUGCUGCCCGAGCCGAGCCAGCAUCCUGACAGGGAAGUACCCACAUAAUCACCACGUCGUUAACAACACUCUGGAGGGGAACUGCAGUAGUAAGUCUUGGCAGAAGAUCCAGGAGCCAAAUACUUUCCCAGCAAUUCUCAGAUCCAUGUGCGGUUAUCAGACCUUUUUUGCAGGGAAAUACUUAAAUGAGUAUGGGGCCCCAGAUGCAGGUGGACUCGCCCACGUCCCCCUGGGCUGGAGUUACUGGUACGCCUUGGAAAAGAAUUCUAAAUACUAUAAUUAUACCCUGUCUAUCAAUGGGAAGGCACGGAAGCAUGGUGAAAACUACAGUGUGGACUACCUGACAGAUGUUUUGGCCAAUGUCUCCUUGGACUUCCUGGACUACAAGUCCAACUCGGAGCCGUUCUUCAUGAUGAUCUCCACCCCGGCGCCUCACUCGCCAUGGACAGCUGCGCCUCAGUACCAGAACACCUUCCAGAACGUCUUCGCACCAAGAAACAAGAACUUCAACGUCCAUGGAACGAACAAGCACUGGUUAAUUAGGCAAGCCAAGACCCCGAUGACUAAUUCUUCAAUACAGUUUUUAGAUAAUGCCUUUAGGAAAAGGUGGCAGACUCUGCUGUCAGUUGAUGACCUUGUGGAGAAGCUGGUCAAGCGAUUGGAGUCCAACGGGGAGCUCAACAACACCUACAUCUUUUACACCUCAGACAACGGCUAUCACACAGGACAGUUUUCUUUGCCAAUAGACAAAAGACAGCUAUAUGAGUUUGAUAUCAAAGUUCCACUGUUGGUUCGUGGGCCUGGGAUCAAACCAAAUCAGACAAGCAAGAUGCUCGUUGCCAACAUUGACUUGGGUCCUACUAUUUUGGACAUCGCUGGCUAUAGCCUGAAUAACACACAGAUGGAUGGGAUGUCUUUCUUGCCCAUUUUGCACGGAGCCGGUAAUCUGACUUGGCGAUCAGAUGUCCUGGUGGAAUAUCAAGGAGAAGGCCGUAAUGUCACUGACCCGACGUGUCCUUCCCUGAGUCCUGGAGUGUCUCAAUGUUUCCCAGACUGCGUGUGCGAAGAUGCAUAUAACAACACCUAUGCCUGUGUGAGGACCAUGUCAGAACUGUGGAAUUUACAGUAUUGCGAGUUUGAUGACCAGGAGGUGUUCGUAGAAGUCUAUAACCUGACUGCAGACCCACACCAAAUCAACAACAUUGCUAAAAGUAUAGACCCGGAGCUUUUAGGAAAGAUGAACUAUCGGCUAAUGAUGUUACAGUCCUGUUCUGGACCAACCUGCCGCACUCCAGGGGUUUUUGACCCCAGAUAUAGGUUUGACCCUCGUCUCAUGUUCAACCAUCAUGGCAGUGUCAGGACGCGAAGGUUUUCAAAACAUCUUCUGUAGCACCUCUGUGGUGGGAUCCCUGCACGCCUCUUUCUGAUGAAGUGAUUGUAGCAGGUGUUUGUAGCUAGUCUCCAAGACCACGCCUGGAAGGGUUUCUGGACUGGCUUUAAGUCCCGUUUGAAAAAAGCAACCCAAUCAGCUGACUUCCUUGUGCAAUGUGUUAAACUGUGAACUCUGCCUGUGUGUCAGGAGUGGCUGUCCCUGGUCCCUUUAUUCAGCUGAUGACAAUACUCCUGAGGUCUUUGUUCUCACCAAACCCUUUCUGUCCUGGGGCCAUAGUUCUUGAUUAUUCCCCAUGUGGUCAAGGUCUGAAUUUGUAAAUCCAUUCGGACAAAUGGCAGUGCUUUAGAGGGGGGAAUGUUUUUGGUAUACAGCUUGACCUAAAAUCAGAGGACCUGCAUAGCAUUCCAGAUUGAGCACUUCACUAUCAAAAAUACUGAUAAUCACAUGGCUUGAAGAAUAACCAUCAGAGCUGAACCAUCUGAUUAAGAACAAAUACCAUUGAUUUUAGAUUCGUAGAAAUAUACUGUUUAUAAUAUCCAUCACAAUGUAAUAAGGUCACAGACUCAAAAUGUAUCAACCAAGCUCUGUUCAUUUUGGGGGAGCUCUGGGCUGGUGCUACAUCAAAAUGGAACAGUAGCAAGCUUUUGGUAAAGGCUAAUUCCAGGUAGUUACUAAAGGUGAUGGACAUCUACUUUCCAGUGGCUGGUAACCACAUGGAGUGCCAGUUAGCACCAGGGGUAUCGAGGGAAUGUCUCAUCUCUUGAUACUUUCCGCUCUGAGAUCUGAAAAAUAAAGUGGUUUAGAUAUUGCAGCAGAGAAGAACUUUCAAGGGCUGGUGAAGGUUGUGUUUUCUGAGGGCCUUUUGUCAGUUGGGCUCUCGGAUUGACAGGUUGAGGACUGUAAAUUGGGGUCUAGUAAGUGCCUGUCCAUCAGGGAGCCUGGGUUCUGGUCCCAUGUGUGAAGUUGUGACUCCCUCUGCAUUUUGCUGACAUUCUGUUCAUUUGUUAUAAGAUGUAAGAAUUUCUUAGAGUUGAUGCAAAGUACCAGUUACUUACCUUCUUCCCUUUCAGGUAACUUCUUCCUGAGUUUUUGGAGUCUUAUGUAAUUUGGACCUCAUUCACUAUUCUUCUGUCAAAACCAGAUCUUCUUGAGGUUUCCUCACUGUUUAGAACACCUACAUUUCUGUCUCUUGGCUCAAAGACCAAUGCCAUUUCUUGUGUUUUCUUCACAAGAAGGCUAGUUGGUGGUGGGGCAGCAGAGGAGGAAGAAAACUGUGGCCUAUAAUGUGUUCAACUCAGGCAGUAGUGAUUUUAGCUUUAUGUAAGGUCCUAGGUUGAGCUUUAAGCACUUUGUAAGACAUGGCCAUAAGUAACUUUUCUAUCACAAUUCCAGAUCGCCAUGUUGGGUUAAUAGCCAUUGGGUUUAUUCCUUUACCUCACACAAUCUCAGUAACUGUGGUGGUAUUUAGAGGUGAAAUGGGCAAGUGAAAUGAAUACCUCUGCUGUGAACGUUUUAGGAAAAGAAAUUCUAACAAUUUUGUAACUAGAAGCAAACUACAAUGUUGAGUGUGGGUACUGGCUUUAUUCUACACUUUGAUUCUUAACUUUAAUCAGUCAGCUUUCACAUUAAUUAAAGUUGACCAUAGUUAUUCCCGAAUAAAGAGAAACCAACUCUUA